CGCGAGGCGGCGGCGGCGGGAAGGCGCGGAGAUGGCGGGCCGGCGCGGGGCGCUCAUCGUACUGGAGGGUGUGGACCGCGCGGGGAAGAGCACGCAGAGCCGCAAGCUGGUGGACGCGCUGUGCGCCGCGGGCCACCGCGCCGAGCUCCUGCGUUUCCCGGAGAGGUCAACUGAAAUUGGCAAGCUCCUGGCUUCCUACUUGGAAAAGAAAAGCGAGGUGGAGGAUCACUCCGUGCACCUGCUUUUCUCCGCAAACCGCUGGGAACACGUGCCAUUAAUUAAGGAGAAGUUGAGCCAGGGUAUCACCCUGGUCGUGGACAGAUACGCCUUUUCUGGGGUCGCCUUCACCAGCGCCAAGGAGAACUUUUCCCUGGACUGGUGCAAGCAGCCAGACGCGGGCCUCCCCAAGCCGGACCUGGUGGUCUUCCUGGAGCUGCAGCUGGCAGAGGCGGCUGCCCGGGGCGGCUUUGGCCUGGAGCGCUACGAGAGCGGGGCCUUUCAGCGGCGGGUGCUGCAGCGCUUCCAGCAGCUCAUGGGGGACGUGGCCCUGCCCUGGAAGGUGGUCGACGCUUCCCGAAGCAUUGAGGACGUCCACAGGGAAAUCCGAGCGCUGUCUGAGGACACCAUCCGGGCCGCUGCGCAGAAGCCGCUGGGGGAGCUGUGGGCGUAGAGGGCCAGGCCUGGGCUCCUUGCUCUCUGCUGGGCUCUGGAGAUACUAAUAAAUUAUUGCUCUUCUCA